GUGGAGAAGUUGCAAGUAAAGUGCUACACCAUUCUUGACUUUGCUGGACAUUAUACCUGUUGUUAAUCGAUUGGAGACUCAGUGCUCCUGUGGAAGACAUCCCAGAAAUAAGUUUAUGUAAUAGCUAUUAAUUAGUAUCUGAAAUCUAAUAGAAUAAGUUUCCUUCUUUGAAUUGAGAAGUGAUGGGAACAUCAGCGGUCACUGUUGUUGAGAUUCUUGCCAUUCUCGUUCUACUUCAAACCGCUUUGUUCUGCUGCAGUGGAGCUAAUUUCAAUGGAAGCUGUAUCAAGAUUGAAAGAGAAGCUCUUGUCAAGUUCAAGACAAGUCUCAGCAUAAACAGUUCAGACUCGUUGCCUUCAUGGGAAGGAGAUGACUGCUGCAGAUGGGAAGGAGUCACUUGCGAGAACACAACUGGCCAUGUGGUUAAGCUCGACCUUUCCUGGGCCUCAGUCCAGGGAAAGGUAUCCCUUCAUCUUGGAAACCUUUCAAACUUGCUGUAUCUUGAUCUCAGUUCUAAUAAUGGAUUGGCUAUCGACAGCCUCCAUUUUCCAUCUUCUUUGAAAUACUUAAACUUGCGGAGUGUGCUCCUGGACAAGUGUGACAAUUGGUUGCAGUCAAUAAACAUGCUUCCUUUUCUACUAGAAUCAGAUUUGUCUUCUUGUGGGCUUUCCAUCACUGGUCAUGUUUCACAUGUCAAUCUUACAUCUCUUGAGGUUCUCACUCUUAGUUGGAACAACUUCAAUUCCACAAUCCCCAAUUGGUUAUUUAAUAUUACCAACCUUCAACAUCUUGAUCUGAGUUAUAGUGCUUUCCGAGGCUCUCUUUCAACUGAGAUGGGUAAUCUUAAUUCUCUUGCUUUCCUUGAUCUGUCUUAUAAUUCUCUGGUAGGUAAAAUACCCAAAACGUUGAACAAGCUUUGCAAUUUGAGUGAGCUACACUUGGAAUCCAACAAGUUCAGCGGUGAGAUUUCUGGACCUUUUGGCAACUCAUCCAGUUGCAUCCAGAACAGUUUAGAGAAUCUAUAUCUUUUCAACAAUUCAUUUUCUGGUAGUCUUCCAAAUAACUUGGGACAAUUUAAAUGCCUAAAAUAUCUUUUACUUUCUCGCAACUCUUUCUGUGGUCCGAUUCCUGUAUCAAUUGGACAGCUUUACAACCUAGACGUACUAGAUUUCAGUCAUAAUUCAUUGCAAGGGAAUGUUUCUGAACUUCACUUUUUAAAGCUCAGAGGCUUGACUAAGUUGAUUAUGAGUGGGAAUUCUUUAGUUUUUGACAUUGAUCCCAAAUGGGUUCCUCCCUUCCAACUUUCCAAUAUUGAUUUAUCAUCUUGCAAAUUAGGGCCUUGGUUUCCACAGUGGCUCAAGACACAAAAGAGCAUUGCAUUUUUACAUAUGUCUAAUGCAAGCAUCUCUGAUAGCGUCCCUGGCUGGUUUGAGAACAUUUCUUCCAAUGUUGUAGGAUUGGAUCUAUCUUAUAAUCAGGUUUUUGGAAACUUGCCAAAUUUGAGGGAAUUCAACACAUCUUCUGAAGCAGGUAUUCCGGAUCCUAUGGCUAUUUCUAGGUACAUAUUAUUGAAAUCGAACAAGUUCGAUGCUUCUUUUACACAUUAUCAUUCUGAAGCAAGUAUAUUGGAUAUCUCCAACAACUUGCUCCAUGGCCAGAUUCCCCAUAACAUCAGCAAAGUGAUGCCAAAUUUGCGAUUUUUAUCCCUCUCCAACAACUAUUUGAAUGGUACCAUUCCUACUUCUUUAUGCGGGCUUGAAAGUUUAGAAAUUCUCCAUCUUUCAAAAAAUCAUCUGUCAGGGAGAAUACCUUCGUGUUGGGGAAAUUUGAAAUAUUUAAGUGUCAUUGAUUUGUCAAAUAAUAUGCUGAGUGGCCAUGUUCCAAUGUCCUUGGGUUCUCAAAAAUUUCUUGUUUCCCUGCAUCUGCAAAAUAAUAAUCUGCAAGGAAAUAUCCUAAUGUCAUUAAGACAACUAGAAUCCUUGGAGACUCUUGAUCUUAGCAUGAAUGCUUUUGAUGGUUUUAUUCCUUCGUGGAUAGGUGAAAGCCUAUCUUUAUUGAAAGUACUCAAUGUUCACUCCAAUAAAUUUGAAGGUGAGAUUCCUCUGCAGCUAUGCUCCCUAGCUUCUCUUCAAAUAUUAAACUUGGCAAACAACAUGAUGACUGGAACCAUUCCUACUUGUUUUGGUGGUUUUACUGCAAUUGUUAUGCACGAAAACAGAGGACUUUGGGACUAUCAAGUUAGUUAUAAUCCUUAUGUUUAUUCUGAAGAAGAUAGCUAUGGUGAGAAUAUUCAGGCUUAUGUUAAAGGAAUAGAGCUUGAAUAUACUAGUACAAUUCGAUUCCUAUAUUCCAUUGACCUUUCAGGAAAUAACUUUUUUGGAGAGAUUCCAAAGGAGUUGAUGAAUCUUUCAGGUCUACAAAACCUGAAUUUGUCUAGAAACGAAUUAGAUGGGCAUAUCCCUUGGAACAUUGGCAAGUUAAAGUCACUAGAAUCGCUGGACUUGUCUAAAAAUGAUCUUUAUGGCUCUAUUCCACCCAGCAUUUCUGAUUUGAACUUUUUAAGCCAAUUGAAUUUGUCAUUUAAUCACUUAUCUGGACGAAUUCCUUUGGGAAAUCAACUUCAGACUUUAGAUGACAGAUCCAUCUACAUUGGCAACAAUGGACUUUGUGGAUUUCCAUUGAAUAAUUGUUCAGAGGAUGUAGAUGAAUUGCCUAAAGGUCAUGAAAAAGUUGGGAACACGAGCAAAGAUGACUCCGAUGUGCUUUGGUUCUAUAGUGGUUUGGGAAUGGGUUUUGUGGCUGGAUUUGUUGGAGUUUGUAGCGUUUUGUACUUCAAAGACUCAUGGAGGUAUGCUUGUUUUCAGUUAGUUGACAGAGUCUACGACAAGCUUUGGAUAACAGUAGCAAUUAAGGCAAAUCAACUGAAGGGAAAGCUUCACAGAAACAAAUUUGAAGUGAAUGCAUGAGAAGUCUUUAAUGCAGGAUUCAAGGUUGCUAGAGACUGCAGCAGAUGUUGAGCAAAAUUUAAAUAAAGCCUCAGUCAAGGUUGGAUGAAUGAAAGGCUGAUGAUACGAAUUUCCUGAUGAUUUUCCUUGAAGGUUAUAAUAUUUUUAUGUUUUUGUGUAAUUAUUUCCAGAAUUAGAUGGUCUCCUUCUACUCCAAGGCAUGAAAUGUUGUGGAUUGUGCAAUAAGGUUAUAUUUCGUAAGACAUAAUAAAAGAUAAUAAUUAUUAAUAUAAAGUAAAAAAAUUUUAUAUAUUUAUCAGACAUAUUUACUUAA